AUGCCCCCAGAGAAGAUGGGAGUGCCAGAAAUCAUCCCGUUUAUUUACUACUGCAUAGACAGAGUCACCGAGAAAACCGUCCCGGGGGCCAUAAUGAAGGUCUUCCAAUUGCUGGUCCAGUCCCACACAGAUGAGGUUAUCCUGUCCCUGUUCAAGAUAAAGGAACAGUCACAAAGUGGGAUACUCAGAUCCUGGGAAAUCUUGGCUUCCUUUCCGAAAGGCUACAAAAUGAUCAUGGAUUAUCUGCUGCAGAGGAUGCUUGCUUCCCACACACCCAAUGACCAGCAGACUGACCACAAAACAGAGCUCUCAGCGAUGAUUGCCACCAGGGCCAUCCACGAGAUGCUGCUGGUGCCCAGUUAUCAGGGGGAGGUACAGACUUACUUCGCCCCCCUGUUCGUGGUACUACUCUUCCAAAUCUCUUUCCUGGUAACCAAAGAGAGCGCUGUGGUCCCAGAUGAGCGGAAUGAAUCCGAAUAUGUGGACAGCGUGAGUUCUUCUGUAGAGGCCUUGAAGACCUUGAUGCGCAGCUCGGGGUACACAGACCACAUGUCUUAUAUUCAGACACUUGGGGCCUGGGAACUGCUUGUCAGCCCUGAAAGACACUACAAUGGAGUCACUCUGCUGGCCAGAUCCCUGGCCAUCAAGAACUGCUGGCACAAUCGCCCUGUCUUCAGCUUCCUCAUUAGGACCCUCCAGGACCCACACUGUGCCAACUACUUCACGGCCCUGGUGUUCCUGGCAGAGCUGCUCCGCUGUCCAGAUGUGGCAGGUGCUGUGGAUGCAGUUUCCACCAGGAUUCUGGCAAAUUGGUUUCAUUGUGAGGAGCUAUCCACAGGACGUCUAUUGCUGCAGAUCGCAGAAAUCUUCACAAAGCAUAAAAACACGAUAACGCACCUCCGGAUCCUGCAGCCCUACUUUCUGAGCUACUGCUACUCCACCAGCAGUGACCUGGUGAUGGAGACCUUUCUCACGCUGCAGCGCAUCCUCAAGAACCUGACCUGGCAACACUUUUCCACCUUUAUCACUCAUCUGGCCUUCCAUUUGGGACACUUUUUUGAGGAGGAGUCAGAGCAGCUGCGUCUGAUAAUCUUCACAAUCUAUUCAAGUAUCCUUGCUAAGGUCUCGAGGAAGACCCUUGAUUUCCCCUUGAAGCACCAGGUCCUCAACUCGCUAGUCCUGCUUGUGUCGCACCUGAAGGAUGUAAAUGCCGCCGUGGAGGAGGUCUGUAGGCUCAGCCUCUGCAACACAGCUACCAUCCUAGGCUGGUCCAAACUCAAAGGGGUCUUCGCCAAGAAGGACGUAUUCACCAUCCUCAUUGCUCUGCUGCAGCAGGAAAGGAGCAAGGUGCUCUGGUUCCUGAAGCAGAGUGUGGCUCUCUUCAAAAGCCCUCAGGGCCCCAUCCGCCAGGUGGCUGUGUGGUUUUCAGGUCAGAUCAUCCGGAUACUUAACAGGGAAGAGAAAGAGAAAAUUGAAGAUGAACGUGCAGCCUUGAUGUGUAUGCAGAAAGACCCUGACCCCACAGUCAGCUGCCUCACCAUGCAGACGUUCUACAUCCUAGAAGCCAAGAACGUGGUGCCGGAGCCCAAGACUUUUUUCUCUUGCCUAUGCUCAAAGAAGCUUCAAAGGAGAUAACACUGAGCCAGCAUGCUAGGGGCUAGGGUCCACGAUGAAAGCUCGUCACCAACAUUAUGACAGCAGGCUACCCCUGCCGCCAGGCCUGCACCCUAAAACUCUGCUAAUAAAAAGAGAAGCCAAGGGGUGUGUGUGUGUGUGUGUGUGUGUGUAUGUAGUUGGAUGUCAAUUUGUGGUUAUGAGCUGCCUUGUAUGCAGAAAUCAUCUGGCCAGCUUCUCUGUCUCUACUGCUUCGUGCC